AAAGAAAUGAAUGAAUAUAUAUAUAAAAGUGCUGCAACACCCAAAGGUAACCAACUAUUCUACCUAACUAUCUACCGUUUCUUGAUGCCGUGCUCACGUGAGUAUGUAUGUUUCUAAGGUGUCAACUUCCUUUCCGAGUCUGGCUCGCCCGUAUCUAUCAAUGCCGCCAAAGCCUUUUACCACGUCUUCCGCCCUUCCUUCAGUCCAUUCCUCUAGUACCUUGGAGAUGAAAAACAAAAGUCAAACAAACAGUCUUGUCUUGCUUCCAACGUCAGGUUACUUCUGGGAUGACGGUGGGCUUGCGACAUUCUGCCGCAAAAUGAUACAAAAGCGAAAUGCAGUUUCCCCAUCCCAAUCGAGCUCGGGCUUCCAAUCUCUUGCCAUCAAAUUCCCAAGGCCAGUGAUUGCGAGAUUCGAGGCAGUACCUUCCGUGAACCUGGCGCUCUAUCAUGCCAAAACUUUUUGUUUCCCCACUUUGCUCAAACAGCAAACAUAAUCAAAUCAUUUGGGUAUAUCAUACUUGUAGUUCAUCCGCUACAACGGCUCUUCUGCUGCUUGCUGGUGAUCCUUGAC